ACUUAAAACCGAUAAUCAGCAAGAAUUCUCAACGGAUCAAGACGGUGGGAGAAAAGACAUGGUGAUAAGAAUGUCAUUUUAAUCCCAAUUCUUCUAAUACCGUAAACGGAACUUUAGCCAUGGUCAUCGGAUUUUCUGCAUAAAAUAUGAAGACAAGAAAACCUUGUGGGGAGUACAGUGCGGUCGUCUAACAAUAUUUUAAUUUCUGGGCAAAGAUGUGUCCUUCAAGCACAGCAACAGACGGCCCAGAGGAGCAGACGCAGAGAACCGCCUCACCCUCGGAGUGUAACGCCCUGGCCCGAGGUCUGUCCAAGCUAGAGGGCGGGAUCGGCGGUGGUGCGCAGGCGCAGACGUCUUCGGCCUGGGUGUGGCCCCUCUAGGCAGCGGGGAGGUCGCGGGGUUGGGGGUGUGGGAGUCGGGUGCGGCCUCUCCUCUAUGGUCGCCGGCCGUGGGAACUCUUCUCCGCAGACCUUUCUAGGUUUCUUCCGGAAGUGGAGCAGCCGACUCCUCCUCUGCUUCCGCACGAGCGAGACAGCCAGGUCAGCCCUGGGAUGAGCGCAGUGACUCUCCAGGAGAAUUAUCAUCUAGAAGAUGAGGAAACAUACACACUUUUUAAAGACUUUCAAGUGACAGUUGAUUUGGGUCUUGUCGUUUGGACAUUUUUGGCCCGGAGACGGUGUGGAGCUGUCUUACAGAUGGAGGGAAGAGUGUGAUAUGGGAAAAUGCCCAAGGAGCAGGAGUUAAUAGGUAGGACACAUUGUAGUGUGUGAGAUUUAAUGAUGCUUUGCAGCAAUUUUCUAAAUCUGAAAUUUUCUGUGCCUGGGGAUCCCAGAAUUUGCUAAGCGAUGGAGGAAUCUCAGCAAAAUGAUCUGAAUACGAUGACCCUUGAGAAAGAUGACCAUCUCAAGAGUACCGGCCCUCAGAUUUCUGUUAGUGAAUUUUCCUGUCACUGCUGUUAUGACAUCCUGGUUAACCCCACCACCUUGAACUGUGGGCACAGCUUCUGCCGGCACUGUCUGGCUUUAUGGUGGACCUCUUCAAAGAAAACAGAGUGUCCAGAAUGCAGAGAAAAAUGGGAAGGUUUCCCCAAAGUCAAUAUUCUCCUCAGGGAUGCCAUUGAAAAAUUAUUUCCUGAUGCCAUUAGAAUGCGAUUUGAAGACAUUCAGCAGAAUAAUGACAUAGUCCAGAGUCUUGCAGCCUUUCAGAAGUAUGGAAAUGAUCAGAUUCCUUUAGCUCCCAACACUGGCCGAGUGAAUCAGCAGAGAGGGGGCGGAUUCUUUUCCGGAGUGCUCACAGCUUUAACUGGUGUGGCAGUGGUCCUGCUCGUGUCUCACUGGAGCAGCAGGGAAUCUGAGCACGACCUUCUGGUCCACAAGCCUGUGGCCAAAUGGACGGCAGAAGAAGUUGUCCUCUGGCUGGAGCAGCUGGGCCCUUGGGCCUCUCUCUACAAAGACAGAUUUUUAUCUGAAAGAGUAAAUGGAAGAUUGCUUUUAACUCUGACAGAGGAAGAAUUUUCAAGGGCGCCAUAUACCAUAGAAAGUAGCAGCCACAGAAGAGCCAUCCUCAUGGAACUGGAGCGUGUCAAAGCACUAGGCGUGAAACCUCCCCAGAAUCUCUGGGAAUAUAAGGCCGUGAACCCGGGCAGGUCCCUGUUCCUGCUGUACGCCCUCAAGAGUUCCCCCCGACUCGGGCUGCUGUACCUCUACCUGUUCGACUACACCGACACCUUCCUCCCCUUCAUCCACACCAUCUGCCCGCUACCGGAAGACGGCUCCGGGGAGGACCUCAUCACCAAGCUGUUGGAUCUCAGAGAACCCACAUGGAAGCAGUGGAGAGAAUUCCUCGUCAAGUACUCCUUCCUUCCGUACCAGCUGAUUGCUGAAUUUGCUUGGGACUGGCUGGAGGUCCAUUACUGGACAUCCCGGUUUCUCAUCGUCAACGCCAUGUUACUCUCAGUUCUGGAGUUAUUCUCCUUUUGGAGGAUCUGGUCAAGAAGUGAACUGAAGACUGUGCCUCAGAGGAUGUGGAGCCAUUUUUGGAAGGUAUCAACACAGGGUCUUUUUGUGGCCAUGUUCUGGCCCCUCAUUCCUCAGUUUGUUUGCAACUGUUUAUUUUACUGGGCCCUGUACUUUAACCCAAUUAUUAACAUCGAUCUCGUGGUCAGGGAAGUCCGACGACUGGAAACCCAAGUGUUGUGACUGGCACUGCCCAGGCUCUGAGGGACUCUUCCAGCCUCCCUGACGUCUGAGGUUUGAUGCCUAGGGUGGCUGGAGGUGGGGGGGCACUUAAGGUAGCGGAUUUCCUAUUUUCUGCCCUAGUAAACAAGGUGCUGCUUUGUCUGUCAAAGGGUACGGCCAGGUCCUCUCUCCCUCUGCCUGUGGCAUCGUGGCAGCAGGGACUGACAUCCUAGAGCUGGGACAACACAGCAGCCACACCUCCCACCCAGCUGCCUUCCUCACAGGGACUUAGGAGGCCCCGGCCACGACGGCUGGCAAGGACCCAGGGUCCUCAGAGGAUGCGAUGUGUGCGACAUGAGAAGGCCGCCACGUCAGCAGUGCCGCUUGCCCUAACAUCGGUGACUGACAAAGACUCCCAGGGCAAGGUGGAGCCCUGAUCUGAGACCAGGCUUGUUGGGGCCAGUCCUGUCCUCUAAGUCAACUUUAGGGAAACAGAAGAUUUUGUCAUAGGCAUAGGCACAUAAAAAAUAAGAGGAAAAACCCCAGUCUGCUCGACGAUCCUGUCUUCUUGACGAGUUGCUAGAACGGUUCAGAGUUCACCCUCUGGAAGGAUUCCGUCUAGACUAGUUGAUGGAUAGCCUCGUCGUCACUGGCGUCCACGUGUAAUUGCUGAAAGCUUGCAUCGCUUCUCUGAGUAGGGGACUGAGGGGGACAUCAGGCAGUUAAUGGAAGGUAAUUCACAGCAGCCUGAGCUGCCUCAGUGCUACUUAAAAUUGUUUUGGGGUUUGCUUUGUUUUGUUUUUAAGAAUUGAAUGUGUAAAAUAAAUUCCAGGAUAAUCCUUCCGUUCAAGGAAACAUUUUGUACGUUGACCUCACACUGUAUAAUCUUUACUGUCCUGUUCUCAUGUAUAAAACAGCAAGUAUGAUUACGCUGA